GCGACCAUGAGCGGGGCAAGCGGCUGCAAUGGCGAGAGCGACACCAACAACCACCGUGACAACUCCAGCGGCAAGAGCGACAGCAGCACGCAGAGAGACAAGAAGAGGCCACCAGCCAUGUCUUCAGAUGCAUCCAGUGAAGAAAGUAUGCCCUCUUUCAAAAAACGAAGAAUCAAAUUCCCUAAGGGCCAUAGUGGAUCAUCGUCGAAAGGUUGCUGCAGUCCUUCGAAAGAAAGGAAGCCUCGGUGCGAAAGGGAAAAUGCGUGUGAAGGAGCACGAGGCAUCAUGCUGAAAUCGUUAAGGGUUGUUCUCCACAAACUUAAUAUUGCAGGGCUUAGCUCUGAUAGGAAUGCAAGCGGCAUCACCAGGAAGAGUACCAGUGUUGGUGGAGUAAAAGCUGUGGCUAACGUACCCAAAAUUCACGAACUGCAGCCUAAGUCCACAGUACACAUCGCCAAACUAUGCAGCCACUGCAGUCAGUGGAUUGAAGACUUCUCCCGGCCUCAUGUUUGUUCUCCUCACUACAGUGGCAUGAGAUCUGUCUUGGUGGCCGACAUAAAUAACACCGUUUGUGCAUCUCCUGUCAGUGAGAUUGAGGAAUCUGUGCCACCGACUGACGAAGCAGCAUUGAACAUUGAAAAUGAUGCAGGUACAUGCGACAUUGCAAUUAAUAGAGUGGCUAGCAACAUUGUAAAUGAUGCAGAAGCAAGCUACAUUGCAACUGACGUGGCAUCCAUUGGCAUUGCCAAUGAUGUAGGUGCAAGUGACAUUGAAAAUGAUGGGACAGUUGCAAACAUUCCAAAUGAUGGACCAGUCGGUGACAUUGCAACGGAUGUGAGGGCAAGCAAUAUUGUGACUGAAAUGGCAGACAGCGAAGUUACAUUACCAAACAGCAGUGAAUUAUCUGAAUCGAUAUUCACAAGUCUCUCUGAUCCCUCUGGUUGCUUUGAACACCAGGGUAAUUCUAAUUCUCCAGCAACACUGAAGGGAAAGUCUCUAAGGUCUGGGCGCAAUUCUGUCCAGUUUUGUCACCGCUGCCACCAAAAGGUAAAUAGCAACGAUGGGCUUCAUGCUCACAUGUGUUUUGGCUCGUCAGGUCAAACUUGGCCCGAGGAGAAAAAUAAUUGUCCCCAGAACACGGCAGUGGAGUUCUCACCACGUGGACUGAUAGGGCACUACAAUUUAACCCACGCAGGCAUUCGUCCAAGUUUCAAUUGCCCCUUGUGCAAGGAGUCAAUCGAUGCAUACUUGAAUUUGAAAUUUCAUUACAAUGAGCACAUGCAGGAAGAAAAAUAUAAGACCAAUGCUAAACCACUUCAGCAGUUGAAGUUUUCUUGCACAAUUUGUAAGGACAAGACGAAGGGAAAAAGGAAUGGAGCCAACAAAAGUACGACGGUCAUCCGGAAACAGGUUUGCAAAUUUGUGCAAGACCCUAAUGCGCAGGUUUUCUGUUGUAAUCAGUGUAAUUUCCAACAUCCUGUUCUCCGUAUGGUAAAGAAGCAUUCUCUUCAGAAGCACAGUGUAAAUUUAGAGUGCUUUUCAUCUGAAGAGCAGGCUGCCCAAGCUCUUCGUUCUCACAGCUUGAUGUCGCCCUGCCGGAGGAAAGAUGAGAUACCGGAAGUAAAUGCAAGCGACACACCUGACGAAACAAACGAAUGUGACUCAACCACUGUGGAUGAUGUGGUUGGUGUAGACGGAGGAUUGAGUGCACCUCUGUUGCCAAUCCUGAGCGGCGAUCAUGUGGGCACAGUUGACGUGAUGCGGAAACCUGAUUUACUGAUGCUGGGUGAUGGAGAAGUCCUGGAGAAAAGUAAUCUUUUGAUGCAAAGCACAACCAAGAGUGUCCCUCUGCUUCAAGAAAACACUUCUGUCUUGCAGAAGACAAUGAACAAUCGUCCCCUUUUGCCGGUCAUAGGAAGCCGAAUUUUAAUUCCAGCCAAUUACACUUUUGAGGUGUUGGGCGUGAAGCUUGUUGAAGGUAAGAAGCAGGUGGUUAUCAAGCUUAAGCAAAAAACGGAGGUGGAUGCCAUCAAGACAACAGAAAAUAAUGGGGCAAGAGCAGAUAAUUCUGGUGCCAGCAAAAAUUCUGGUAAAACAAAGUCCCUGAUGAAGUUGGUGCAGUUCAAGCUAGCAAGUAAUAAUGAUGGUGACAAAACAAACCAGCCUUCAUCUGUAUCUCCAAGUAUACCGCAACAGGAGAAAAAUUCUGAUUCCUCUGAGACAAUCAAAGAAAAUCAGGUGUCACACUGCAUAGAUGUUGAAGACACAGUGUCCAGCAGUGUGAGAGCAUUUGUUACUCGCAAGGAAACGCAGCAAGAUCCUGAAAUAACCAUUGUAGACAACCUCGCUGUGCCAGCUUCAUCCAAAUGCAAACGGUCCAUUGUUGAGUCCCUUGUAAGAGGUGCACAAGUAACAGAUAAUCCUUCAUCCGAUGCCAAGAGAAUAUGUUGGACUCGGCUGGACUAUUCGCAGGUGAUAAAGCCAAUUCCUCAGAAUAGUUCUGAAAAGUCUUCACUUACUCCAGAGUGUGCACACGAAAGAGCCACCGACACUUACAACGUCAAAGAGAACCGUGCAGUGUCUGAACCACCUGAUCUGAUUGAGCCUGAGGUCCCAGAUGAAAACAGGAGGCCGGAAAAUAUAUCCAUAAAUAAUCUCGGCAACGCAUCCACUCCGCAGUCUGGAACAGUCCAAGUGAAUGCAGCAUCGGUGGAAAAAGAUGCAAGUGUCUUGUCAGAUGAUCUGAAAGAAAUCGAAGGGGAGAUUUCUCUACAUGAACUCAAAGGGUGUAAUGGGAUGUUAAUGAUGAAAAACAUAGCAAGCCGAAGGCAGACGUCUGCAAAUUCUGAUGGCAGUGAAACAGAUGUUGCUGAAGAAAUUAAAUUGAUUGCCACUGCUGAUUUGAAACAUGACCAAUAUUUGUUAGGUGAUUCCUGGAUGAAUCCUGACAUAAUCCUCAGCUCUGAGAGCAAAUUUGAUAGUGUACCAAAGCGUGGUAGGCCGAAAAAGCAUAGUUCCAAACCAUUGCUGAAAAGCAAGCAAAAAUCCACUCUCAGUGACGCAAAUGAGCAUGCACUGCCUAUAUCACAAAGCAUGGAAUUCGCCAAUACACCAUCUUCUGGUAAACCUUCCGAACAGUUACAGGAAGAUUGCGUUGAGGUUCCUACAGAUGAAAGCCAUUCACAAAUUCUUAUUGCCAAAGCAGUAAAUCAAAUAAUUGAACCGCUGUGCACCGUCACAGAAUUGUCUUCAGGUGAACCUAUGCAACGAGAAGAAUGCAACCCUUUAGAUUUGACGCAGCCUCUCGUUUCACAUUCACGCCAUGAAAUGUUACCGAGUGAAAAUCAUCCACAAUCAACCUCUGCUUCAGUCCUUCCUCCUGCUCUACCACCAACAGACACACAAUUAUCACUGGACUCUAAUCAAAGCACUACAUUAACAUGCACCACUCCCUCUCCCACCACACUGACUUCACCACCUGUCACAUUCACAUCUGUUUUGCCAGAAAUGCCCGGUCAGCCAUUGAAAACGGUGCAAGAAAAGCCAUCUGUACCGAUGCAACCAGACCAUGGGAUUAUGGCUUGUAACAGCACCAGCACUGUCUUGACUCCAGAUACAAAUGCUGUUGCUAGUCCCACUACCAUGCAGUUCACUUUGCCACCGCAUAUUUUGGAAGAUUUGGUCAGGAAGCCUGGUAGCAAAGUGUUCAUCCCGGUAAAAGGUGCUUCGAAGUUGUCUCCUGCACAUUUUCCAUUUUACGUCAAGCUUACAAAUGGUAGAGUAAUGAAGAUUAUGCCUUCUGUACCGAAGUCUGAUAAUUCUGCUGCCAGUCAAGAGCCCACACUGUUAGAAAAAAGCACCAAAGGCAAUCUUCACUCGUCAACAGCUGAUAUUCCUCAGUCGUCUGUUGUGUCGAAAGUGAUCCAGAAUGUGAUGCACAAAAAGGUUUCAUCUGAGAUGCAGAACCAGUGUCAAGCACCCACUCAGCAGCCCACUUACUCAUUUGCCCAGCCAGCACCCUUGAUGUUGACCAAACAAUCGGAUGUAUCUCCGAGUAGCCUUCCCAUGCCUGUCUGCACGACUGUAGUAACUUUGCCCAGCACACUUUCAUUUCAGCCAUUGGUUGGAGGACAAACGAAUGUUUUGACGUCAACAAUGGGAGUGUCCACAACAACUACCACACUUACGGCUACCACAAAUCAAAUGGCUCCAAAGAGUUUCAUCAUUAGCAAUUCCCAAUCUAUAAUGAUACCGUCUAUAAUGAAUCAAAAUGCACCCUUUAUAUUAUUUUCAGUAGGAGCAAAUUCAGGCCCUCAGAUAGCCUGUCCGGAAAAUGUUUUGUCCGGGAUGAUGAAUGGAGACCUCACAAGUCAUGUGCGAAUUCCUUCACAAAAUAUGCCACCACUGAUGAUUCCUGUACCACCUUUGAAGCUUUUUCCCACUCAGACAAUCUCUGCCGCAACCAACAAGGCCGACAACCUGCAUCGCUCCGUAUCAAGCGCCACAGUUCAGCUUCCCCCACCACCUCCGAUCAUCAUUAAAACGUAUCCCAACUCAGCCAAGCCAAUACAAUUGCACUUUCCAUUGAUAUCGACUCAAGCUUUAGCUAAAGCGUGCAACACAGAAAAAAUAAAUCAACACACUUUGAAUUUUUUCACCCCCUUGAGUGCUUUUGACAAGGGUUUCGGGUCCAGUUCUCCCUCGCAAAACCUGCUUACGGUAGGUCCAACAAUUGCUGUUUCCUCAAAGAAGCCUGAGACAAUGCCCCCACAACCCAUACCUCUCAUACAGCCUUUGGCAUCUGCAAAUUUGAAGUGUUUCACGAAUGCUCAUCUGUUGGAGAGCAGUGUUUUGGAUUCUCAAAAGCAAACAGAAAUCUCUCAACAUGAAGGUCUGUUAAAAAGUACAGCUGUAAUUAAUGACCCUCCUGUUCCUAAAGAGUCUGCCGAUUCCAAGCUCAUCACUCAACCCAUGUGCUCAGCUGAAAACCAUGAACCUCAUUUCCAAGUGGCCUGGGAUUGUAGAAGUCAACCGAAAGAUGUUGGACCUUGCAAGGCUCUUCCUGCCAUCAACGGAGCAAUGCUACCCAUUUCAGAGUUGCCAGCACAAACAGCUCAAAUUGGAAAUGUCAAAGAUUUGAGAGAUAUUGAAACGGAAACAUCUCAAACCACAAAUGUUCAGCCGGCUUCAAUUUCUUCACCUUUUGUCCAAGGUGAACACUACUCCAAAUCACAGGGAAAUGUUCCAAGUGGGUUGCUACCAAAUGUGGUAAUUUCUAAAAUGGCAUCAUCAGAAUUGAUAAGCAACAUGAAUUGUGCGUCAGUGAUUUAUAAAGCAGUUUCUAAAAACGGUGAAUAUGCAGACAAUGCCCAUGAAAUGACAAAGCGUGACUUUGAUUUGAAAUCGCAGUUGGACCAGAACAAGAGUGCUGCUGAGCCAACAGGUGGAGAACUACACAUUGAUGGUCGAGCAAAGUCAGAUGUAGCCGUACAUUCUUUAGAAACCGAAGAAUCGACAACACCAAGAACUCUUUCAGGCUGUGUACAACGUGUGUCUAGAGUCUACGUCUCUAAUGAUACAGAUUCAGUAGCAAAAUUGGGUCAAGGAGAACCUGCAUCAGAAGCUGAAGAUGCAGCAGCAACACUCAUGGCACUUGCGCACUGUGGUGAAUUAAUAUCUAACACCCGUCACGCGAUUGUGAAUACGGAGAUCAAAAAAGCGGGUGAUUUAAAAUCUGCAUCGAAGCCUGACUAUGUUGUAGCACCCAAGACCCUUGCAAGCGGUGUUGAAUCGACUUCCAAAGUAUCAAAUGUUAUCAAAGUGGUCUCAGAGGCAGAUAUGCGUGAAGGGAAACCUGUGUCAGAACCGGAAACUGAUGUGAACUUUGACACCCAAGGUGAACCUGGGCAUGUGACAUUUGCAAACUUUUCUCCAUUGAAGCGGAAAAUACAAGGAACUAACCAAGUAAAGAUAAAAAUAAGAAAACCCACAUGCAAACCUCAGUCGGUAAUGGCAUCUACUUAUAUGAAAACCCAAGCAAGAUCUGCCUACUUGGCUACCUGCAUUUCAUAUUUCCAGGAAAAACACAACACAGCUUUGAGAGUAGUUAAAACGAAACCCAAUAGUCCCUCAAAUGAAGCCUGCUUUCUACCUAUAUCUGUCCGUGAAUCCAAAGAGCAGUUCACCAAACCAGCCCGGACUUUGAAGAAGAAAGUGGACGAUAAAGAGCUUCAGACGGCCAAUGCAUGUUCCAGUUUUUCUUCACAGCUACCGCUAUCCCUGCCCAUCAAGCCUCUGUACAUCAGGCAGGCUCACAAACAGCCAAGGGCCAAUCAGCCGGUGGUGGUGCUCAAUCACCCAUAUAUGGACCCACAGGAGGUGGUCAACCUGAUGCGGACGGUGAACAUGUACCCAGGUUGUAUCAUCAAGGUGGUGCUGUCCCGCCGCACACUGGCAGCAAUGGAGGCCUCAAAUCAAGAACAGCAGUUACUCAAGCAGAGCCUCAACUUUGUUAAACCUUUGCCUUAACAGUCACGGGUACAUUUACCGUAACUGAAAAAUAUUGGUUGAAUUCUACCAUUUGGAUUAUCCAACACGUCAUGAAUAUCUACCAAGACACUGAUGGACCUCAAGUUUCAUUUUCCCUUAGAGAACUUUAUCAGCGGCAUGAAGACAAACUCAACAUUUUAUGUGCAUUCAUAGAUAAGUUUUUAUUUUUUGGAAAUGGUUACGAGGUCUUCUGAAAUACUUUUGGAUUCCCUUUUGGAAACCUGACUCGCCUAAAAGCAAUUCACUUGAAUUUCUGGAUAAUUUGUGGACUUAAUGGAAGACCAAACUGGUGAAGCAACAAGAGCUAUUUUAAUUAGUUAACGUGCCUAAGCUUUGUGUCCCAGGCUGUCUGGCAUGAACUUUAAGGUUUGCAAAUGGAGAAAAAUGUUCCAUUCUACUGGCCCAUGCUUCUAAUGUCUGUUUUUACAAUCUUAACUUAAAGCUUUCGUGACUAAAGGAAUUCAUAUUCUUUGGGUCUUUCGGUAAAGCCACGUAGAUAGAAAAAAUAAUUUUAAAAUCACGAUGUUUCGAUCGCAACACAAGCAAUCGUCAUCAGGUGAAAAAAUAGCGGGAGAGCUGCUGAGGCAGGAUGUUAUAACAUAUAACAAACUUGUACUUAGGAGCUCAUUUAAAAUGCAUUUCCCAUCACUUUGUUGGAGAAUCUGGCAUCUGUUUUGAUAAUACUGCCUAUAUAAUGGGAUGGUUUUAUGUGCUCAAGUUCAUUGUCAAUUAAGAUGGCUGUUCUACAUCCUGCAGUGCGCUUAAUACUUUCAUCACCUUUGCUUUCCUCACAUUGAUUUUCAUGCCAAUUUUAAUGGAUACUUCGUUCAACCGCUUAACUAAUAUUUGUAACCUCCAAGCUCUGUCAUCCACAAACCUGCCUGCACUUUUAUCUGUUCAUUUAACUUUUGACAUCUUCACACUUGUUAUCAUGCUUCUUGUACCAUUUGCUUCUGCGAAUGUAUUGAAAAUAUGAUUUGGAUAGAAAGACAUAUGUGAAGAUGGGUUGAUGAUAAUACAAUCAAAAGUUCCACUUGAGACAAGAAAAAUAGAGAAGUAAUGGAUUUGACAAAUUAAACCUAAAAUGCUCGAUGAUAAAUGUGAGGGAUGCAUGGGAUGGAAAGAACAAGGAGCAGGAAGAGGAAGAUGUUGAGUGAAUUGAAGAAGACAAGGACAUGAAAAAAAAAAAGCAAAUCAAAUUGAAAUCUGGAGACAGUAGUGCAGAGACGUAUGCCUGUCAAUGUAGAUAAAAUAUAGAUUGGAUUUGGAAUGGGGGAAAACAUACAUUAAAACCACCGUCAGUUGUGUUGUGAUAUCUCUGUAGCAAUGAAUUUAAUGUUUAGGAACGAUGGCACUCAAAUUGCUCUUGAUUUCAUAAACAAAGCUUCAAAUUCUUUGGAAAGCGCUGGACACCGGCUUAGAUAUCUAAAUCUCCAAAAUCGUAUUUUUUGGAUUAGUAGUUUUGAGGGCAAACAUCAACACCUCCCUUCAAAUGUAAUCUUGUAUCAUACUACGUCAUCUAUAAUGGGAAAGGCUUCACUUCGCUCGAUUUUUAUUAGUUUAUUUACACUGUUUCGGCUCAGCAAAUGUAUUCACUCAAGCUACGGUAACAUUAUAGACCAGUAAGGGCUCUGUUAACUUUGUAGAGGCAUGGGUGAUCAGUAUUUUUAGAGCUGAAGCUGCAACUUGGAAGCUAGAUAUUACAUGAAAACAUGUGAAUGCCAUUUGGGCUCACAAAUCCUCCAAUGGUGGUUUUGCUUAUUUCUGUGCCACAUUGGAAGAGACGUGAUCACAUUUAAAUGCUUAAUAAAUUCUCAACAAAAUAGGACCAUACUGUUUGGUUCUUUCGGUAAAGUCACGUAGGUAUAAAAUAAAUCACGACGUUUCGAUUGCAACACAAGCAAUCAUCAUCAAGUGGGAAAACCACAGCAAGAACAUUUUUUGCUGAAGUGGGAGAGGGAUGCUGUGGUUUUCCCACCUGAUGAUGAUUGCUUAUGUUGCAAUUGAAAUGUGAUUUAUUUUAUUUCUACCUACGUGACUUUACCGAAAGAACCAAAGAGUAUGGAUUCCUGCAGCCACGAAAGCUUCAAAUCUAGAUUAAAAUAGGACCAUACCAGAUUUGAUUUAACAAUUUACAUUUUUAUGAUGGUGAGGAAAUUGUAGUCAGCCUGACAUUUCCCAACUGUUGCGAUGGGUUUAAGGUUGGCACAGAACUCAAAGAUAAUUUAUACAAGUUUAUUUCCAAUUUGACUGUUCUCAGACACUUGUUUGCAACAGAGUUGCCAUAGUGUCACAUUCCAGGAUACGAUAUUAAAUGCCCAUAGGCCUUUUUCCAUGUAGCCGUUAACGCCGCUAAAACUAGCGCGUACAAGUAAAAUAGCACCGAGAGGUGAACUGGAAAGACAUUAACAGCGACUUAAGUUGCGCACAAUAAGCAUCACCUGGAUGAGGUAGUGCAAUUUACGCUCAUGGCUCUGUAGCGCUGCAGUGCAUCACGUGACACCAGACAUCCAAUGGGCACGUCAACGGUGAGGUCUAAAAAUAAUAUAAUGGAAUAAUAUUCUGCAGUUUGGGAGGGGAGGGGCCUUGGGGUUUCAAUAGGCAUGACAUUAUGCCAUGUGCAAGCUUUUCAUAAUACAGGUAUCCCUCAAUUUACGAAUGUUCGAUUUAUGAAAUUUUGCAGAACGUAAUUGACAAAUUAUGGACACUUUUUGAUUAACAAAGUCAAAUUUCUGCGUGAACGAAUUUUCAAACAAGCACCUGGGAGGUUUUGUCAUCCAUCUGCCACAUUGUCAUAGUAUCCUAGAGUGCAAAAGUAGUGCCUCCACAUUACCUCCUCAGUCAUUCCAACAUGCAGAUAUUUUGGUGAGUUCCCUGUCACUGGUUUUUGCUGUUUCUUUACAACAAAAACCCUUUGAUUCAAUCAUGUUUAUAUUUUUGUUCUUCAUCAUUUUUGUAUUGUUAAAAGUGAUUUAGGUGAAUAUUGUUAGGUUUGGAUUAGAGUUGGAAUGACUGUCCAAAACACAUCCCUAAUUUCUUGCAUUAAAUUUAUGGGAAAGGCCGUUCUGAUUUACGAAAUUUAGUUUUCCGCAUCCCUUUUGUAAAUCGAGGGAUACCUAUAUUUAAAUGCCACAAAAGCUUUUGAUUGUGGUUGACGAUGGUUUCGUUAUGCAGCUUUAAUUACAUCAGAGAAGAUACUCCUUUUGUGCAACUUUUAUGACGCUGUUAAAACAACAUAACUACAGCACUUGAAAAAACUGAUUGUAGCUUUUUUGACUUGUAUUCAUUUCCACUUGUAAAACGUAUUCAUGUAGCAUUUAUAUCAUUGAACUUUGCAAUGUUUUUCUACAUUUGAAGUGCAUGUCUAAUUUUAGUCAAGUAGCUUUUAAAGCACAUAUGGUACAAUACAAUUACUCUAAUUAUCACCACUCUCGAGUGCGGUAUUAGGAAUUGGUGCCAAAUGUGUACAAUGCAGAAUCUCUUAGGCCUGAAGUGGAAAAUGCGUGGCUUAUGCCUGCACCGCUUUCAGUUGGGAAAACUGUCGGUGCAUAUAAAUGAGCUCCUGACGUCAAGGCUCUGGGCUGCUGAUUACCGAUAAUUGGUAAAGUGGCAUUUUGUGCGCAAGAGUAGCAACACACUUAGCGAGAGAACAAGUGUCAGUCAAAUUACAAAUUUGAAAAACUUUCUUAUGAUGUCAGUUUACCUUGCCUUUGGAAAUAUGUUUCAGAUUUGUAUUGUGUUGUAGUUGAUUGCAAAGCAGACAAUUACUGUCAUUUUAUAUAACAAGGAGAUUACAUAAACCCGUAAUGCCAAUGAAACACUGACUCUUGCAAGGGCCACCUGGGUGUUAAAAAAUAAAUAUGAUUUAAAAUGUAAUUAACUGCAGAUCACUCGCCAAAUGCCUGGCAUACGCACAUUGUUAAAAUAAUCAAAUACACUGAGGAAGUGAUGUCACAUAGCCAUCAUGUAGUUAAUUAUUCUGAGAGGUUUUGAAAAACAAUGUGUGACAACUGUUUUUAUAAAAUUUUAACUUGAGUUAUUGUGACAUAUAAUUUGGCAGGAAAUAAAAUGCAUAAAAAAAUCUAACUUUCAAAAAGCAUGAUAGUUUACAAGUGGACCGCUAUCGUGGACCUUAUAAGGCAUGGUAUGGCAUUGCCAUCGCCAUAUUUUGGCAAGCAUGGCAGAUAUCCAUGUGUGAAUGAACAUAUCUCAAAACUCGACAUGGGAGAGUUAUAAGACAGGAAGGUUUGACUAAUCGUGUGUGUAUUAACAUUGCCUUGUUGGUAUGUACGGUGGCCUUGAUAUAAUUUGUUUUCGAUCUUAUUUUAUACUCUACUAUACAAUGAUUAUCGCAUUAUCAGUUUCCCUAACUUUACAAUUGUACUUAACAUUUCUAUUGUCUUGUUUUUGUGCCUUGAAUGUACUUUAAAGUACGAAUAAAGAUGUCGUAUAACCUGUCAAAAAUCUUCUAGUCAUUGCGACUUGAUGAUCUAUAGCUAUUAGAAUGUACAUGCUGUCAGAAUGAUCACGAGAGAAGAAUAACGGCAUAUGUUAAUUUACUCUGGUAAACAUAAAAAUAGCACAUUUAAUGUGUUUAUGGCAAUAUGUUCAGACCGUAAAUGGCAAUGUCCUGCUAGCCACGAAACGUCCUCAGGAGAGUGUAGUUUUGCUCUUAUUCUGUUAAGUGGUUGCUUAUAUGGUCCAUAGUUUGUUGGCCUGUUCAUGUUCUGAUGGAGGAGUUGAUACAUCAAUAUGAACUUAGAUUAUGGGUAAUCAUAAUUUGUCCGAAGUUUGUUAUUUUAUCAAUGAUCACGAUAUAAUGAUGGUUUGCAAAAUUAUUAUGCAGUUUUAUGUCCGAUUAGCACAGUUGGCUACGUAUAGUGCGAAAGAAGUUCAACAUUGUACAAUAUAGCGUAUCACCAUAUCGAGACAACCCUGGUAGGUAGAUGCUGUGAGGGAUUACCAGCGGACAUGCUCGGGUGUGUGCAUGCGUGAUGGGUGAGGUGUGAAAGCUUGAAGGAAUCUGUGCGAGGUGAUGAUGCCUACGCUCUUUGUUCA